AUGUCUGAGCUGACCUCCCUGUCCAGCCUUGACCUCGCGGGAGGCUACACACAGGAGUUGUCUCCCCAGACAGUGCUACAACCCUCCAGCUCUACUCUCGUCUCUGUUCCACCACAACACGUUUCUCGAUCGUCGUCGCCCUAUGAUCUUCCUGAGGUCUUGAGCCUUUAUAUCCCCGAGAAUGCGCGUCCAAAGUACGGGCCUGGCUCCAGUGGGCUUGUUAUGCCCCUAUCGAUCUCUUCAGGUCUCCCACAACAGAUCCCUCUAUCCUGGGCAGAGUUCGUUGACCGCAGUCCCAACUCGCUCCCCGCACAUCCAAGCCCUUCGCCUGGCUCUGAGGGUCUUGCUAUCGAGACCCAGAAUGCGGAUACGACUACUCUCCUAGCGACGUCUGCCAUCAGUCCUUGUCUAGACUCCAUCACCCCUCCACCGACACCAGACGAAAGAACGGCCGCCCAGGCGCUACUCUGCUUGUUCCACUCUCCACCGGCCCCCGAUCUCUCGUCUCCCGCUUCGGUGCCUAUACCCCCUUCGUCAUUUCCUGAGGUCGCUGUCACCUCAUCAGAUCCACCCUCGUCUGAGCCACCCGCCGGGCGGGAUUGCGCUCAGUGCGAGCGCACCACCGCCUCUGAGCAUGUCGUCUGCGCGUUGGAGUCCUACUUUGCCUCAGUGGAGGACCCGGCCAUAGCCCUGGACGAGGGCGACAAACCGGAUUCAGGAGACGAGGACGAAGACAUGGUUGAUGAGCUACUUGUUGGCGAGUAA